AUGCAAGCAUUGCCUCGCUCUCGGACACGUUGUAAGCCUGUCCGCAGAGGAUUUCCGCAAACGCCAGGUACGCUGCAUCGGCAGAGAAGCACACAGACAAAGGCAUACCUCGACACGGCCAAUGGAAAGAAAGUGAUCCGCACUGAUUGGCGGAGAGGUUUGCAUUACUCAUGUCUCAGUACACCCGGACGGGCUGACUCGAUUGGAGGGAAUCGCACGGUCGCACCGUGGUCCAGCCGCCCCAGGCGAAGCCCGACAGCAGUAGCCAAAGCGAACGUGCCAGACCGACAGUGCUAG